AUGAAUGCAUGGAAAUCAACCCCGAGGGCAGCAGGGCCCGGGGAGGCCCAAGCAGGAGCCAAGCAGACGGUCCAGGGGCACCUGUGGAGCUCCGCUUACCUGACGCUGGCCCUCCUGCUCGGCCAGUCGAGGAGGACGGCAUGUCCCCUCAGCGCCAGGCCGCGUCUGCUCCACUGUCUCCUCCCAACAGCGGUCCCUCGGCUGCCCAGUGCCAGUGCCUUGCGGGUCAUGGCCGGCGUGUGGCUCCUGUCAGCCUUGAUCGUCAGCUCGGUGUACCGCUCCAACCUCAAGGCCAUGCUGAUCCUGCCCAAACUGCGCCUGCCCUUCGACAGCAUGGACGAGCUCUUGGAGGCCAACAUCCCGACAUAUGUGGCAGAUGGCACGAUGCUGUACCAGAAAAUGAUGGUAUCACCUCCCGACUCCUUCCUGGGUCGUCUUCGUGCGCAGACAGUGACGUACCUGGAUACUCCUCGUGCAAUCAGGGAACUCUUGUUGGGCCGUCAUGCAACCUUUGCGAGCAGGGCCAUUGGUCAGUCUGUCAUCCACCAGAUCUUCGAGCAGACCAAGACCUGCCCACUCUACACGGCCAAAGAGCGAUUCUGGGGCGCCACUAGCGUUGCCUUGGCCUUUCCAAAGGGUUCCCCACUCAAGCCAAAGAUAGACAAGAUUUUUCGGCGUCUGACGGAGUUCGGCAUCCCGGAGUACCUCCACCAGAAGCAGAUCAGGCACGAGCGCAAGUGCCAGAUGGACGACUUCACGCGGCCCAGCGACGCCCUCCGCCCUCUGGCCCUCGGGGACUUCUACGGCGUCUUCAUCGUCUACGUUGGAGGUAAGGCCGAGGGCUUAGGGGGAGCCUUCUCACCUGGAGUAUUAUUCAAGUCGCACCAUGAACACAUUGCUUGA